GCAGAAAUGGUGCAGAAGUGUCGGCCUGAAAGUUCUAGGCCUGUUAUAUGAAUUCUAUGAAAGCAAUCUCUGGAGAUCUUUCUCCCUUCCCAUGUUUCUCUUCCUGGGUUUCAUAACACAAACCUGAGGCCCAGUGGAGAGCUCUUCCUGCCACUGAAUACAAAACACUUUUCAUGUCCUUACAAGAUGACAAUGAGAAUGUUUCGUUUUCCUACAAAAACACGGGAACCUGUGUGUGAACGGCCGGAGUUUCCUGAACGAGGAGGAAACAGUUGGAGGGAGUGAGAAAGUGCAACAGGAAGCACUCGGAGCAGGAGGUGUGCGAGGGUAGCAGAAAGUGUUCGCGUAUGAGUGUGUAAGCUGAGUUGUUUAUGGGGAUUUUCCUUCGCAUCUGCAUCAGGACUUCCCAUCCAAACGGAAAACCCUUGGAGUUCCCUUCUCAAUUGUUCCACUAUUAUAACAUUGUUUGUUAUGCGCUCCAGUGUGACUUUCGUAACACAUAACAAACGGCCAAUUAAAUUGUGUGGUCAGGUGAACACCCUGCAUGAAUGUGUUUGUUAGCUCUGUAUUAAAUGUCUCAGUGGUUUUGUUUCAUUUCACUGUUGUUUGUAAUCCACACUACUGAGACUUGCGGUCUCAUUUUGCAGUUUUGCAUUCACACCCUGGUCCCUAGAGGUCCAGCAACACAAAUAAGGGACCCCCUCAUUAUGAAGACACACUCCCACUGCUCUGAUCCACACUGAUGAUGUCAGAGACCAGCUGCUCUCUCUCUCUCUGUCUUUCUCUAUAAGGUGUCCUGCUUCUUUGGAAAUGCUCGGUAAAACUGACAAGGCAUCUGAGUUUGAGUCUUGCUGUACCUUUGGUAUAGUAACUAGUCUGACUGAAGAACUCUGUAGCUGCACUAGCUUUGAAUCACUUACUUAAAAAAUAGACGAGCUGGAAGACACCUUCUGAGAUCUUUGGAGUGCAUUAGAAAGUGGAUAAACCUGCUUUUUGCAUUGGGGAUUUUUUACUUUUUUUUAUAUUCAUUUUUGGGAAAGCUUGGAAAUGUGUUCUGGAAGGAAUCAAAGGACCCGGACAGUUAUUUGCUUUGUCUUGGUGUUUGUUUUAUGCUCAUCUGAAGGAGAGGCGGCCCGAGGCUGUUCCCGUCCGUGCUCGUGUCCCCCGUCUCUGCCCUCCUGUCCGCUCGGAGUGAGCUGGGUGUUGGAUGAGUGCGGCUGCUGUAAGGUGUGCGCCCAACAGUAUAACCAAGACUGCGGCCCUGACCGACCCUGUGACCACAUCAAGGGCCUGCGCUGCCACCUAGGGGCCGGAGGAGACCCUCGCCGUGGACUCUGUAGAGCUGACGCUCAGGGGCGUCCGUGUGAGUUUGGUGGGCGUGUGUAUCAGCACGGAGAGGAUUUCCAGCCCAGCUGUCAGCACCAGUGCAGCUGUAUGGAUGGUGUGGUGGGCUGCAUGCCUCUGUGCCCACACAACAUCCCUCUGCCCAGCACACACUGCACCAACCCUCGCCUGGAGACGCUGCCGGGCCGCUGCUGUGAGGAGUGGCUGUGUGACCAUGAUAACAGCAUCAGUGAAGAGCCGCCGGACCCCCGUCCUCAACACACCCCGUCCAACCACAUCAGCAAACUCCUGCAGAGCCCCGACAGCUUCCUGUCCAGGAGGGGCUCCUUUCAAGAGUGGGCGUCUGUGCCGGUGUCUCUGGUUCCCUUCCCAACAUCCAAAUGCUUCCCACAGACCACUGGCUGGUCAAAAUGUUCUGCUUCCUGUGGGUUUGGCAUCUCAAGUCGAGUGACCAAUAGUAAUGCACAGUGCAGGCUGGUUAGAGAGACACGCCUUUGCCAGAUCCGAGAAUGUGACAUCACUCCAGCUAUGAAGAAAGGAAAGAAGUGUCGACAGACAGUUAGGCCUCGGGAACCAGAGCAGAUCACGUUCGCCGGCUGCUCUACGGUUCGCCGCUACCGGCUUCGUACCUGUGGCUCAUGUGUGGAUGGCAGGUGCUGUCAGCCGUCCGCAUCCCGCACGGUGCGUCUGCGAUUCCGCUGCCCAGACGGCGAGAACAUCACACGAAAUGUCAUGUCGAUCCAGCGCUGCCGGUGCAGCAAAAGCUUCUGCAGGCUUCAGAGAGAGCUUUCCUCACCCACCGUCAGCCUUCACAACGACAUACACACCUUCUCUCACUGAACACACACUCCUACAUUCAACGCGCCAUCAAUGCAUAAUGGCUAAAAAUCACUUUUUUUUUUUACACCCGUUCUCAGGGAUGUUUCCUGAACUAUAGAAUAGUAAACUUCUCCUCUCUCAGCUGCUGCAUUUCAGUGCUCCAUGUCACCGCCCUUCUGUUCUAGAUUUGUAUAGUUAUUGCACUUUGUGUUUCUCUUUUGCUUUUGCUUUGGCCCUGUUCUGGUGUGAAACUCAUGAAAACAUGUCCAGGUCACAUUUCUUGACAGAUUUGCCCUCCUCAUAUGCACCUGGACAUUGUUAAGUGUUGUUUGCCCAUGUUUCCACUUCUGCUUUUAUUUAUUCUGCUAUUUUUAGCUUUGAAGUGUUUUAUUGAUUCUCGAAGGAUAAGUGAAUAUAUUUGGCUUCAGAUUAAUGACUUCCUGUCACUCGAAGGUUAAGAAAAUGCACUAGUAUUGAGGGUGGUGAGAUUGUGUUACAGAUAUUAUGUACAUCACUGAAUGAGUUACCUGAUUGUUAAAGGAUAAAAUGAAGAUGAGACUUUUUUUUUUUUUCGCUUUUAAACUAAUAUAUUUUCUGUCCAUUCUUUAUAUGCAGAGUUUUUACUUUGUAUACAGAUCUCUUUUGCAAUUUUAACAAGUUUAUGUGUGGAAGAAAGCAAUGAUGGAGACUGUUUUAGUACAGUGGAGACUUGCUUUGUCUUUUGUACAGUGUACAGGCUUCACUAUAGGUGGAGUGACUCUUUGAGACUGCUUCAUUUUUCGGGGCAUACUUUAGAUUCUAGACGCUCUCUUGUAUAGGAGUGAAGGACUAUUUGUAUAGUUAAGAUGAUGAAUAUAAAUUACUUUGCUGAUCAAUUUGUGUCAAAAAAUAAAACAUUUUCAGGAAAAA